UAGAUAGACGAGAAUAUAGAGUACAGAUAAAUCGUGUCCUCAACGGGACCGGAUUGAGCUCGUCAAUCAAAACAGCGGAUGGAGCCCGUGAAGCUUAGGCAUUAGGAGCAGCAACUAAUCCCGUGAACAUACAAAAAAUAUAAAUAAAGAGAAGAUAAUAUUGCGUCGAGGCUGAGCAUGACGACUUAAGGAUUUAACAAAAGAGAAUUUGAGCGAUUCGGGACGAACCGAGCGCUCUGUGGUAUGCUCUUUCAGUUGAAUUUAAAUCUUACAUUGAAAUGGGAGCUUUGACAAGUCGACAGAAUGCGGGAGUGGAGGAGGUCGACAUGCCGUCCAAUUCUGUGUACAGAUACCCACCUAAGACCGGAAGUUACUUUGCCAGCCACUUCAUCAUGGGCGGAGAGAAGUUCGAGUCCACCCACCCAGAGGGCUACCUCUUUGGGGAGAACACAGACCUCAACUUCCUGGGCACUCGCCCCGUAGCGUUCCCAUAUGCCACCCCUCCCCCGCAGGAACCGGUCAAGACACUACGCAGCCUCAUCAACAUCCGCAAGGACACACUACGCCUCGUCAGAUGUAACGAGGAGCUGAAGGUGCCUGCUGGAGAGGCGGGGAAAGGCUGCAGCUGCUACAACAUCGAGUUCACCUUCGAUGCAGACACCCAGGUGGCCAUCACCGUCUACUACCAGGCCAUCGAGGAGUACCACAACGGGGUGCCCAUAUACCUCCCCCAGGACGGCGCGCUGCAGUCGGAGACGGUGCACUUCAAACGGGGCGUCUGUCAGCAGUUCUGCCUGCCCUCACAUUCCGUCAACCUGUCAGAUUGGGCCGACGAGGAGCUCCUGUUUGACAUGGAGAAGGACGUCUACCCCAUGGUGGUGCAGGCUGUGGUGGACGAGGGCGAGGAUCAUAUGGGACAUUCCCACGUGCUGCUUGCAACCUUUGAGAAGCACAUGGAUGGCAGCUACUGUGUGAAGCCUCUGAAACAGAAACAGGUGGUGGAUGGAGUCAGCUACCUCCUGCAGGAGAUCUACGGUAUAGAAAACAAAUACAACAGCCAGGAGUCCAAGGUGGCAGACGAUGAGAUAAGUGACAACAGUGCAGAGUGUGUGGUGUGUCUGUCAGACGUGCGAGACACACUCAUCCUGCCCUGCAGACACCUGUGUCUGUGUAACGCCUGCGCAGACACACUCCGCUACCAGGCCAACUGCUGUCCCAUCUGCAGACUGCCGUUCCGAGCCCUGCUCCAGAUCCGCGCCAUGAGGAAGAAGCUCAGUCCGCUCUCCCCGGCCGGAUACAACUCCGUCAUCACCUCCCAGACCUCCGACUCCGAGGAGCACUCCACGUCGGAGCACAUCCCCCCGGGUUAUGAGACUGUCUCUCUGCUGGAGGCUCUGAACGGGCCCCUCAACCCGUCCCGGUCGCCGGCCCCCCAGCAAGGCACGACUGCGGGGCACGUUUCGGGGGCGCUGCCUUCUUUUGGCAGCGAGAGCCGACAGUCCCAGCCCGCUCAGGCCUGCCCCCCGCAGGAGCUCUCUGGUAACGCCAGCCAGGUCCUCAAGCUGAAGAAGAGCAGCUCAAACAGGUCCCUAUCCCAGAAUUCCUCAGUGCUUCCUGAGGAGGAGGAGAAGUCCUGCAGCGAAUCAGACCUGCAGGGCAGUCAGCGCAAACUACCUGCAGAUCAGCAGGAGGGCGUGACUCCUGACAGUGAUAACCUGACGUUGUCAUCUUCGGGAGCUGUGGACCAGUCGUCCUGUACGGGGACCCCCCUCUCCUCCACCAUCGCCUCCCCUGAGGAGCCCGUGAGCAGUAGUCUGGCCCAGUCGGUGAUGUCCAUGGCCUCGUCUCAGAGUCAGCAGUCGCAGCUGAGCACAGACACCCUCUCCUCCAUGUCAGGCUCCUACCAGGCCGCCGCAGAGGCUGACGACGCCCCGGACACACCCAUGGAGAGCAGAGGACCCUCACAACAGGACGGAGAGGAACUGCCCAGUGAAUCCAAAGAGCAGAACUUGGCUGCAGCUGGUGCUGAGGAGCAGGACUCUGAGGGAAAUGAUGUGACAGAAGAGGAUUGCCCUUCCCCCACUAAAGACCCAGGUGGGCGCGGGAGGAGCGAGGCGCCGCCUUGUGGCGAGUUUGAGAAUAACAAUCAGGGCCCGUCCGACUCGCUCUGCCUCACAGGGCUGGACAAUGAGCAGCCCCCUGACGCCCGAUUCGCCGGUCUGUUGUAUCUUGGAGCAUUCCGCCAUGGCCUUGACACAUUCUCUCACCAUGGCAACGAGUCGUUCCCUCUCCAUGGCAACCAGAUGUUUCCUCACCACGCCUCCACUAGCAACAUCAACCUGGAGGAGAGGGGUGUGGUCAUGCCAAACAACACCCCGAAAAGCACCCCCUGCACCCCCCGUGCCCCCCGCACCAACCGAAACCCGCACCACGGACCCUACGCUAUCUGAGCAGGCCCUCUUGAGCCACAAACACACCUCCAUCAUUUGCCAUCCGAAUCCUCCUCUGAGCCAUGUCUGUCUUGCCUACGCCUUGCCUACGCCAUGAACCCUACACUAUGUGUGAACCCUACACUAUGAACCCUACACUAUGAACCCUAAACUAUGAACUCUACACUAUGAACUCUACACUAUGAACCCUACACUUUGAACUACACUUUGACCCCUAUACUAUGAACCCUACACUAUGAACCCUACACCAUGAACUCUACACUAUGUGUGAACCCUACACUAUGUGUGAACCCUACACCAAGUGUGAACCCAAACACCCCCACCCCCUCCGUGGGGCGGAGCGUACGAUGGGGGAACUGCCCUCCCCUCCAUGCUGAGGCAAGAUUAUCUGACCCUUCGACCCCCAACCCCAGGCAACACAACGCCUCAGUGACUCUAACCCCUAGAGCUCCCCAGAACUCCCUCCUGGACUCAGAGCCGCUGGGCUCCUCGGAACCCACCUAUCCCUGUUCUUGAUCGGAACCCACCUAUCCCUGUUCUUGAUCGGAACCCACCUAUCCCUGUUCUUGAUCGGAACCCGCCUAUCCCUGUUUUUGAUCAGAACCCACCUACACCUCUUCCUGAUCGGAACCCACCUACACCUCUUCCUGAUCGGAACCCACCUACCCCUCUUCCUGAUCGGACCGCAGCACCACACAGCUCCUCUUCAUGGUGACAUCUGUGACAUGAUGUGCCCCCCACCCCCCGUCUCUAGUACCCAGGUGCUCUAUCCUCUCGGAGAUAACAGCUCACCCGUCUCGAGUACCUCCUAACCUCUUCAGGGCCUCAGCACCAAGCACUCAAAAAGAGUAGAAGAACACACCACACUGUGCACCUGUCUUCUAAUGACAUGCUUCGUCCCUCAGCACUGGAGCCCUGGUGAGAUGCAGACCCUGCAUGGGUGGUCACUGGAGCCCUGGUGAGAUGCAGUCUCUGCAUGGGUGCUCACUGGAGCCCUGGUGAGAUGCAGUCUCUGCAUGGGUGGUCACUGUCAGCUUCUCUGUGAAUAAAUGCUUUCAGGAAGCCCACCAUCUGAGCUCAUCUACCCGUCCGCUAAAUAACUCCAGGCAGCUGCCGAUUCUGUGCCGGAUCUGUGCCGACUCUGUGCCGGAUCUCAGUUGGCCUCUAAAGACCGGCGCCAGCCCAAGGGCAUAAGCAACGGCUUGGGCCUCGGCGCUGGUCACGGGCUCAGAGUUCCCCCAGACACCAGAGUUCCCCCAGACACCAAGGUUCCCCCAGACACCAGGGUUCCCCCAGAGACCAGGGUUUUACCCCCUAGUGGAAAUAGUCCCCCCCUGAAUGUUGCUGUCUAGGUGGGCCGAAUGCUUCUGUCUCUGCACACUGAAAGCACGACUGAAGCAGAAGGAGAAGGAUGUCCGCUGAGGUGUCUGUCCUGCUGAGGAGGGGGGUGAAGGUUGGGUGGUGUAGUCUGCCCUGCUGAGGAGGGGGG